UUCUGCUGCUUCCUUGCUGACGAGAGGACAAAAGCACUCACUGGGGAUUUUUGAUUAUUAUUUGAUCAGGUCAGGGAGAAGAGCUGUGGUAGUGCUGUCAAAUCCACUUUGGUCCGUUCAGCAUCUGAAGAGAUGGGGUUUGGGGAGGACCUCUGGUGCCCCCAGGCAAAUGCAGCCCUGAUGCGUCUGCAAGACUGUGAGCUUCACCUGAUGGAGGUCAUGAAGAAGUGGAUGGGUCAGCGGGCGAAGAGUGAGCGGGAGUUCUCCGUGCAGCUGCACCAGAUGACUGCUAUGGUGGACAGACAGGACCGGCCCCAACCUGGUGGAAAUUUGGAUUACAUUAGCCAGCUCCACAAGUCUUGGGGCGUGCUGGUCUCUCAGACAGAGAGUUUGAGUCGCGUGAUGAAGAAGCGGUCUGAGGACUUGCUGAACGGCCCCAUAAGCAAACUGACCCUUCUCAUCAGAGACAAGCAGCAACUCCGCAAGACCUUUGCAGAGCAGUGGAGCCAACUCAGUCAGGAGCUCACAAAGGUCACCCAGACAGAGCUGGAGAGGCUGAAGUGCAGCUAUAGGCAAGUUGUGAGAGACGCAACCCAAGCUAAGAGGAAGUACCAAGAGGCUGUUAAAGGGAAGGAGCGGGACAAGGCAAAGGAACGUUAUGUGAAGGCUACACUGAAACUCCAUGACUUGCAUAAUGAGUAUGUGCUGUCUGUGCAAGCGGCCCAAGUGUACCAUCAGAAUCACUACGGUCAGAUCCAGCCUGCCCUGCUCAGUGCACUUCAGAGCCUACAGCAGGAGAUGGUGUUGAUACUGAAGGAGAUCCUGCAAGAGUACUUUGACAUUUGCAGCUUCCUCCACCACGACGUGGUGCAUAUUCACAGGGAGAUGUCCUCCUCUCUGGUGGCCAUAGACCCUCACACAGAAUAUGAGAGUUUCAUCCACCAGAAUAGGUCCGUGGGAGAGAUUGUUGCAUGUGCAGAGUUUGACUGCAGUUUAAUUGAAGAUACAGAACAGCUAAAUCCAAGGGAGCUAGAAAUGAAUGAUCUCACACUUGAAAAAAUUCAGCACAAACUGACUUCGGUAGAGGAGGAGCUGAUGGAAUUGGCCAGGGCUGUUGGCUCACAGCAGGUGUCAGUCGAUCAGAUGGAGCUGGAGUUAGAGCAGGAGGAGGAGGGUGUAAGGAAGGGACAGAGGGUGUACCAGUUCAGCAAGAGACAUGCACUAGAGGAGGGUCGACAUCAGGUUGCACUGUCCCUGGCCGCCAGAGCCAAGCUUGAGGCUCAGAGGCUGCUGCUGAAGGAGAAGCUGGACCGGCUGGGGACGAGUGAGCCCCCCUCUGGCCUGCAGCUGGAUGAGGACUGCGCCACAGUUUCUACCAACAUCCCCAGAGAAAGGAACAGCCUUAAACUGCUCAGUAUGGAUGGGAUCAUGAACCACCUAGGUGGUCUGUUUAAACCCAAAUAUCCGAUACCCCCGGCCCUCACCCUAGUCCCCGAGGUUGAGCGUCCUCUGGGGCAGCAGGACUGGUACCAUGGAGCAAUCCCUCGCCUGGAGGUCCAGGAGCUGCUAAAGAACGAUGGAGACUUCCUGGUCAGACAGAGUCAAGGCAAACAGGAGUACGUCCUCUCUGUCCACUCGGGUGGCAGCUGCAAGCAUUUCCUCAUACAGAGAACUGACAAUUUUUACCGUCUGGAUGGAGAAGGCUUCAACAGUAUCCCCCUGCUGGUGCAUCACCUAGUCUCCACAUGUCAACAUGUCACCAGGAGGACAGACAUUGUUCUUAAGAACCCUGUCCUUAAGGACAAGUGGGUACUGGAACAUGAUGGUAUCAUCUUGGGACCCAGCAUCGGGCGGGGUAAUUUUGGGGAAGUAUACAGCGGCCGUCUCAGCUCUGAUAACAGCCCCGUCGCUGUGAAAGCCUGCAGAGAGAACUUGGCCCCAGAGCACAAGAGCAGGUUCCUGAUGGAAGCCAGGAUAUUGAAGCAGUAUGACCAUCCUAACAUUGUGAAGCUGAUUGGGGUGUGCACACAGAAACAGCCAAUCUACAUCAUCAUGGAGUUAGUGCAAGGCGGUGACUUUCUUUCCUUUCUGCGUUCUGAGGGUCAGAACCUCAAGGCUAAGAUGUUGGUGAAAAUGAUAGAAAAUAUUGCAUCAGGCAUGGAAUAUCUGGAGAGCAAAAAGUGCAUACACAGGGACCUGGCAGCAAGAAACUGUCUAGUGGGGGAAAACAGCAUUAUCAAGAUCAGUGACUUUGGGAUGUCCCGUGAGCAAAACGAUGGCGUCUACUCUGCCACAGGAGGCCUCAGACAGAUCCCUGUCAAAUGGACAGCCCCUGAAGCUCUCAACUAUGGUCGUUAUACCACAGAGAGUGACGUGUGGAGCUUUGGAGUUUUGCUGUGGGAGACGUUCUCCCAGGGAAUGACUCCCUAUACCUACAUGAACAACCAACAGACACGGGAGGAGGUAGAGAGAGGUUACCGUAUGCCGCCUCCAAAGUCAUGUCCAUCAGAGAUCUACAACCUGAUGUGUUGCUGCUGGCAGUGUGAGCCCCAGAACAGACCAUCUUUCAAAAAACUCAAGGCCGAGCUCACUGCUCUCUAUUACAAACUUAGAUGACACACGUG